GUGACAGUGGGUUGUUUGUCAGUCACUGCGGGCCUGAGCUGUCAUUGGUCCAUUCGCUCCAGAUCACAGUUUGACAGUUGAUUGAAUUUGUGCAGCGACUGGGAGCUAAUCAUUAAAAGGCAUUGCUUACAAUAAUUGCUGUCUCACACCUCGCCCCAGUGCUCCCUCAGCAGCGAAUGCUGAUUCACGUCUGAAGCACCUCGCAAGAGCUGUCAGCCGGGAUUCUAAGUAAACCUUCAGAAACCUAAGAUGGCUUCCACUCUCCUCUCUCGGCAACUAACUUGCAUAUUGCAACAGAAUCUGAAGUUUUCUCUGCCCCGAUGUCGAUACGUUAGCCAGCCUGCUAACAAGGGAGAUGUGGAUGUCGAGUUUGAUGGUCCAUUAAUGAAAACAGAAGUGCCAGGUCCAAGGUCUCGGGAGUUAAUGAAGAAGCUGAAUGAGUUUCAGAAUGUGGAUGCAGUUAAUUUCUUUUGCGACUAUGAGGAAAGUCGGGGUAACUACUUGGUGGAUGUUGAUGGCAACAGAAUGUUGGAUCUUUACACCCAGAUCUCUUCCAUUCCUAUUGGUUACAACCAUCCUGCACUGAUCAAAGUGCUGCAGAAUCCUGAUAAUGUGAGUACCUUCAUAAACAGACCCGCCCUGGGAUGUUUGCCUCCUGAGAAUUACGUUCAAAAGCUGUCUGAGACACUGCUUUCAAUAGCUCCAAAAGGUUUGAAGCAAGUGCAAACUAUGUCAUGUGGCUCCUGUUCCAAUGAGAAUGCCUUCAAAGCAGCUUGCAUCUGGUACAGAAACAAAGAAAGAGGAGAAACUAUACACACAAAGGAAGAACUGGAAUCUUGUAUGAUCAACCAAGCUCCUGGUAGUCCCAACAUAACCAUUCUGUCCUUCAUGGGUGGAUUUCAUGGAAGAACUUUUGGUUGCCUGGCAGCAACCCAUUCUAAGGCUGUCCAUAAAUUAGAUAUUCCAGCCUUUGAUUGGCCCACAGCUCCAUUUCCAAAACUGAAGUAUCCUUUGGAAGAGUUUGUGAGAGAGAAUUCCGAAGAAGAAGCAAGAUGCUUGGAGGAAGUAGAAGAUUUGAUAGUAAAAUUCAGAAAGAAGGGAAGGAAUGUGGCUGCAAUUAUAAUUGAGCCAAUCCAGUCAGAGGGAGGAGACAACCAUGCAUCAGAUGACUUCUUCCGGAAGCUACGUAACAUUGCCAAGAAGCAUGGGUGUGCAUUCUUGUGUGAUGAAGUACAGACGGGGGGAGGUGGCACCGGCAAGUUUUGGGCCCACGAGCACUGGGGUUUGGAUGAUCCAGCAGACAUCGUCACCUUCAGUAAGAAAUUGUUGUCUGGAGGCUACUUCUACAAGGAUGAACUGAGGCCCGAUAUGCCCUACAGGAUUUUCAAUACUUGGCUAGGAGACCCUUCAAAAAAUCUUAUGUUUUCUGAAGUACUUAAUGUCAUUCGAACAGAAAAGCUGUUGGACAAUGUCAUUGAAAGUGGCAAGAUCCUAUUAAAGGGUCUUAGGGACUUACAGGUUCUCUAUCCACACAUCCUUAGUAGAGCCCGGGGCAAAGGAACAUUCUGCUCCAUUGAUGCCCCCAAUGAAACAAUACGGAAUCAACUUGUCUUGAAAAUGAGAAACAAAGGUAUUGUACUCGGUGGCUGUGGAGAAAAAUCUAUUCGUUUCCGCCCUGCUUUAGUGUUCAGGCCACAUCAUGCACAUCUCUUCCUUAAUGUUUUCAAUGAUAUUCUGGGUGCCCAUAAGUGAAACUACGAAGCAAUAGACAGCACAAAAGGGUCCAUAACCCACAAUUCAACAGAUUGCUACUGAGCAGUCUUACAAGUUAUAUAACUACUUAUUCAGCAUUUCUAUCUGCCAUUUCCACCAGUAUUUUAAAAAUCAGUGAAUAAUCAAUAGUUUGACCUCUAAUGAUAUUUCAAAGUGUAAUUUGUGUAACAUUCAGCAUUCUCUUCCACUUAUGUGAAAAUACAACUGAUAAUGUUUCAAAGUGCUAAUUUUCCAUUGUCAUAUGUCUUGGUUGUAAUUGUGUAAAUUGAACAGUAAUCCAUUUAUGUAACAUUAGUUUCCUACUUAAUCUCGCUAACGUUUUUGUAAUUUUUACUGAUAUUUUGUAUCACAUAAAAGAUGUCAAUUAAUAGGUAAUUGUGAUCUGUUCUAAAACGUAACACUUGCUACCUUGUGAAUUAAUGGUGGAUUAUGUCAAAGUAAUUUCUAUUUAAUUUCAAAUUUCAUUCACUUGCUGUCAAAUAACCUUAAAGCCUAGUUGCUUGAAUAAGAUGUGUCUUAAUCCUGGUCAGUUAAUGAUAUAUAGAAUUUGUGAUAUAGAUUUAUUCAUCAUUACAUCUAUACCUUCAAAUAAAACUUAGUUUCUUCAAAUGUUA